AUGCUGUCUCUCGUAAAUGGACCUGCUCACCACAAUGCAGACAUGACACACUUUGUUCUUAUGGAUACUGCUGAUAAGAUACAAAAUUAUCGGUGUUCUGUGAGAGUUAUCCGUGUAGUUCUGUGGAUUUAUCCAUGCGACGAGGUUCUUUGCAACUCUUUCCAAAUGAUUGACGAUGAUGUUGCUCCAGCAUAUUGGAGCAGGGCAGGUGGAAUAGAAGCUCGCCUCUGGAUCAGUUCCACCAAAAUUCCAAAGUGCAUCUUUUUCCUUCAAAAAUGUAAAAUCUACUUGUACUGCAACCGGCCGUCCGCAUGUACUCUUUCUGCCAACAACUUAACAUUUAGGGAGGUGGCCAUGUCAGCACGAAUCUUCAAAACCUCCAUACAAAUGCAAAUCCAACCCUCAUUUCAAUGUCACCUCCUUCCUUCUUCCUUACCCACAAUCUUCAAAAUCCACCACAAGCCUCAAAACCCCAUAACUCUCAAAUUCCAUCCAACCCAAGCGUCAAAUCACAAAUACAUCACUCGCACAAGCCAAGAAGAAGAAGGAGAUGAUGGAAUCCCUAUUGAACAUAUCAAAACCCUAGUCAAAUUCAAGUCCAGACAUAAUUAUAUGCGGGUUCUAGAAGUUUCUAGAAGAGCCGACCACCCAUUAGCUGGUGCCCGCCUCCUUCUUCUCGAUGCACCUGGUAACAUCCACAGCAUAUCAUUCCUCUUCAAGUCAAUCACCAACGCCUAUUACGAUGUUUUUGCAACUCUUCCCCCAAUUUUACCACCUGGACCGUUAGGAAUUCUCGGGUUUGGAGCCGGGUCGGCUGCGAAAUUGAUUCUUGAAUUGUACCCACAAGGUGUUAUCCAUGGAUACGAGCUAGACCCAUCUGUAAUCUCUGUUGGAAGAGAAUAUUUUGGGCUUUCGAAAGUUGAAAAAAAAUACCCAGAUCGUCUUUUCAUCUAUAUUGGCAAUGCACUGAAUGCCAGUGUGAAAGAUGGGUAUUCUGGGUUUAUAGUGGAUUUGUUCAGUAAAGGGUGUUUGAUACCUGAGCUUCAGAACCCACAAACAUGGGAGAAAUUGAAAGGGAAAUUGAAGAAAGGAGGAAAGAUAAUGGUGAAUGUUGGAGGGAGCUGUGUAGAACCAGAGGAUAUUAGAAAAGAUGGGAAAGUGAUAAUGGAAGAGACAUUAAAGGCAAUGAACAAGGUUUUUGAAGGAGAAGUAUUUGUGUUGAAUCUUGGAAAUAGUAAGCAAGAAGAUAGUACUGUUGCUAUUGCUGGUGGAUUGCCUGAUUUAGAGAAAUGGAGGAUUUCUUUGCCUAAUCCUUUGAGGUUUUAUGUUGAUAUGUGGAAGAAGUAUGGUGGAUGAUGAUAAAAUUGUGAUGAGUCUUAAUUUUAAAGCUAGAAUAUUGUUUUUGUUGUGUAGAAAUCAAUACAAUUCUUACAUUGGUCCAUCA